UCUGAGUAGAGCGUUUCGUCCGCAAUUUUUUUUUGUUCCUUAUGCUUCCUUUUAUUGAGUCGACUGAAAACUUGAGCUAUGUUAGAGUUUAUCACGACACGUGAAUUUGGAAUCUCCUCCGAAUAUUCUUGAUUAUUUCGACAUACGGGAUAUAAUAUUUACGUAUUUAAUUUUGAGAAAUAAUAAUAAAGAGGGGAUCGAGAAAUCGUUGUGUUGAUCGACGAUAAUCACUAAAUAUAUAUGAUUACUUAGAAUAUGGCUCGUGGACAGCAGAAAAUACAGUCUCAAGCUAAGGCUGCGGAAAAGAGUGCAAAGUUGAAGAAGCAACAGGGGCACAGCGCCAAUGAUCAGAAGAAGGCUGCGCAGAAAGCACUCGUGCACGUGUGUUCUGUAUGUAAGGCUCAAAUGCCAGAUCCUAAAACUUACAAGCAACACUUUGAGAAUAAGCAUCCCAAGAAUGAACUGCCUGAUGAUUUAAAGAAUAUAUGAGGUUCGAAACUUUUGUACAGUGAAAAUUGGGCUUAGAACGCAGGAAAAAUGUGUCUCAAUGGACAAAGUGAUAUAGUUCAACAUUCAUCUGAUCAUAUUGCAUAGUUUCAGAAAAUUAAUAAAACCUUGUUAGUGUUUUAACUGAUCUAUUGCGCACUCAACAGAUUGUUGUACACAUUUCAGAACGUUAGGAAUAAUUGAUGACUUACUUAUGAAAAUUCUUGAUUUGUAAAGAGUCAGCAUACUUUAUUUUUCACAUAAGCAUACUUACAUCUAAUCUUGUGUACGUUUUUAAAUAAAGUUUAUAAACUUGAUGGCGCAAA